UAUCGAUGUCGUCUACGAUCGUCUAGUCGUCCUGUGAAGCUAGGGAAACGAAAGCUAACACGUGGAGUUACUUUGGUUUAUUUUUCCACUUUAUUUUAAUCUGUUUUAGCGACAUUUCGAGCUUUGCCUCUUCUUAAAAGACACUGAUUAAUUUUCUGAAGUCGACCGGUUUUGUUUUUUUUAUUGGGUAUUUCGUUCGUGUUAUGGCGGAUAGCGAUGACGAUGAUUGUCAGUACAGGAUCAAAGAGGGAGAUUAUGUUGUUUUAAAACGAGGAGAAAUCUUCAAAGCUGCUCAAAUUCAGCUCAAAAAGAAGAUGGUUUUUGAGAAGCAGUGGUUUUUCUUGGAUAAUGCAGUUGGACAAUUGUACAGCACGACAUUUGAAAUCGUCUCGGGGGGGAUGCUGCAGCCGAAGAAGCUCAAGGACGCAGAGAAAUGUUCUGAAACAAAGGCAGGCACAGAUAACCGAAACAUAGUGGAUGACGGGAAGUCGCAGAAACUGACCAGGGAUGACAUCGAAAUGCUCAAAGAGCAAGGACUGCAGGGUCAGGAGAUCAUUGAGCGACUCAUAGAGAACAGCACAACAUUCACCAACAAGACAGAAUACGCGCAGGAUAAAUACAUCAAGAAGAAAAAGAAGAAGUAUGAAAAUUCUGUGAUGAUUCUAAAACCGACUUGUCGCAUCCUGGCUAUGAUGUACCUCGGGCGAGAACCAGGCAAGAUCUGCCACCUGAGGUACGACACUCUUGCCCAGAUGUUGACUCUGGCAAACGUCCACGCCAGAAGCAAAGUCUUAGUGUUUGACACAUGCGCCGGUCUCGUGCUGGGAGCCGUCAUGGAGAGAAUGGGAGGUCACGGAUUCGUGAUCCAAAUGUACCCAGGCGGCGGCCCAGUUCGGGCAGGCAUGGAGAGCUUUGGCUUCCCCGCUCAUUUUCAUGAUACGCUAUACGAGUUUCCCAUUUGCCAUGUCAAUGCCCUGCUGGCAGGAACUCUGGACACCUCCAAAAAAGACUCAGAUGCUGCAGAUCCAAAGCCGUCCAACAGGAAUGAAGAGGAGGAGCCAAUGCAACCUGAGGCUGAGCAGCAGGAUACGGCGGAGGAACGAAGAUCGGAGACUACCAGCACCGACAAAGACUCUACCCAAGACCCCAAAAAGGAAGAGAAACAUAAAGAUGCCAAAGCUGAGGAAAAAAAGAUGAAGCUGGAGGAGAAGCGGAGGAAGCUUGCAGCUGCUGCCGCCCUGCUGGAAGGGAGGAAUGCCGACGGGUUGGUUAUAGCCAGUCGGUUUCACCCGUGUCCUGUCCUGAUUGGCCUCCUCGGGUUCCUCUCCCCCUCCAGGCCCUUUGUAGUGUACUCCCAGUACAAAGAGCCGCUGAUCGAGUGCUACACAAAACUAAAGGAACGAGGCGGCGCAGUCAACCUCAGGCUGACCGACACCUGGCUCAGACAUUACCAGGUGUUACCUAACAGGACUCAUCCCAUGCUAACGAUGACCGGCGGCGGGGGCUACCUCCUCUCAGGGACCACAGUUUUUACGGACGGCUCCAAACCGGCAGCCUCCCAGAGAGCAGAGGAACCGGCACCAAAGAGACUCAAACUGACCGAUUGUGAAGGAUAAACGGCGACAAAUGCACACUUGUCGCAGCCUGUAAGGAAUCCCUGCGGCACCGACUUCCUUUACUGUUGAACUGAUGUGACAAACGUGGAAUAGCAAAGAAUUCGUCGAAACUUCCUCCCUUCGUGUCUUUUCAGACGAGUGCAAUCGGAGGCGAAAAGCUUUUUUUAUUUAAAUUUUUUUUAAUGCUUCCUGAGCUUAGUGUACGUAAGCAGCUGUUUGAGCAAAUGAUCCUGGUUUAAAGUCAGUUUUCUCCACAUUAUAGUUUAUAACAGAUGAUCAUCUUCUGUGCACAAGGUGCUUUUGUUUGUAUGUUCCAAAAUUAAAAUGCUGUGAAGAGCUG